AACGGCCUGGACGUUCAAGACAAACCCCCAGCCCCUCCCAUGGGAAACACCAGUACUAUGAUUGGAGCUGGUAGCAAAGAUGCUGGAACCCUAAACCAUGGUUCCAAAUCUCUGGCUCCGAAUCCAGAGAAGAAGAAAAAGAAGCACCGAUUUUACAGAUCCAUCUUACCUGCCGAUAAAACAAAUAAAAAGAAGGAGAAGGAACGGCCAGAGAUUUCACUCCCUUCAGAUUUUGAGCACAUGAUUCACGUUGGGUUUGAUGCUGUCACAGGGGAGUUUACUGGGAUGCCAGAGCAGUGGGCCCGCUUGCUUCAGACAUCAAAUAUCACUAAGUCGGAGCAAAAGAAAAACCCUCAGGCUGUCUUGGAUGUAUUGGAAUUCUAUAACUCAAAGAAGACCUCCAACAGCCAGAAGUACAUGAGCUUUACAGAUAAAUUAUCUGAGGAUUAUAACUCUUCUAACACUUUGAAUGUGAAGACUGUGUCUGAGAUCCCUGCAGUGCAACUGGUUUCAGAAGAUGAAGAUGACGAUGAUGAUGCUACACCCCCUCCCGUGAUUGCUCCACACCCAGAGCACACAAAAUCUGUAUACACAUGGUCUAUGAUUGAACCAAUUCCUGUUACUCCAACUCGGGAUGUGGCCACAUCUCCCAUUUCACCUACUGAGAGCAAUACUGCCCCCCUUGUUGUGUUCUGUAACAAUACCACUCCUCCAGAUGCUCUGGCCCGGAAUACUGAGAAGCAGAAGAAGAAGCCUAAAAUGCCUGACGAAGAGAUCUUGGAGAAAUUACGGAGCAUAGUGAGUGUGGGCGAUCCUAAGAAGAAAUAUACACGGUUUGAGGAGAUUGGACAAGGUGCUUCAGGCACCGUGUACACUGCAAUGGAUGUGGCCACUGGACAGGAGGUAGCCAUUAAGCAGAUGAACCUUCAGCAUCAGCCGAAGAAAGAGCUGAUUAUUAAUGAGAUCCUGGUCAUGAGGGAAAAUAAGAACCCAAAUAUUGUGAACUACUUGGACAGUUACCUCGUGGGAGAUGAGCUGUGGGUUGUCAUGGAAUACUUGGCUGGAGGCUCUUUGACAGAUGUGGUGACGGAAACCUGCAUGGACAAAGGCCAGAUCACAGCUGUUUGCUGUGAGUGCCUGCAGGCUUUGGAGUUUCUGCAUUCCAACCAGGUCAUUCACAAAGGUAUCAAGAGUGGCAACAUCCUGUUGGGAAUGGAUGGCUCUGUCAAGCUCACUGAUUUUGGGUUCUGUGCCCAGAUCACCCCAGAGCAGAGCAAAUGGAGCACCAUGGUGGGGACUCCAUACUGGAUGGCUCUGGAGGUGGUGACACGGAAAGCCUACGGGCCCAAGGUUGACAUCUGGUCCCUGGGCAUCAUGGCCAUCGGAAUGAUUGAAGGGGAGCCCCCAUACCUCGAUGAAAACCCUCUGAGAGCCUUGUACCUCAUUGCCACCAAUGGAACGCUGGAGCUUCAGAACCCAGAGAAGCUGUCAGCUAUUUUCCGAGACUUUCUGAACCGUUGUCUUGAAAUGUAUGUAAAGAAGAGAGGUUCUGCUAAAGAGUUGCUACAGCAUCAGUUCCUGAAGAUUGCCAAGCCCCUCUCCAGCCUCACUCCACUCGUUGCUGCAGCAAAGGAGGCAACUAAGAACAAUCACUAAAACCAUGCUCACCCCAGCCUCAUUGUGCCAAGCCUUCUGUGAAAUUAAUCCUCAUUUCAGAAAUUCCAGCCCCUGAUGCUCUCUCCUCCUUGCCUUGCUCCUCCCAUUUUCUGGUCUAGUGCUCUCAAGACUUUGAUCUUUGAAAAUCAUGUGCCCAGCAUUGAAGACAAUUGAAACUGACUGAUCAGAUGAUGGCCCUCUGAAUAAGGAAUUUUCUCCCAAUUUGUGGAUGUGAAGGUGGUCUAUGAUCAGGGCUUAUAUGAAUAAACUCUUGGACUCCUAUUUCUACAUAGCAAAAUCUUCUCUACGCACCACCUCCCCAAGACCCCAGCCAAUCAGUUUUUGGCUAUAUAAAUUUUUGGCUUUAUAACAUCAAUUUGUAAUUGAUUGAAGUUUCUUUAGUGCUUUAUUUUCUGUGAUGGAACUGCCCAAACACCUCAUUGUACUUGAAAGUUGGAGCAGCUUGAGGAAUGACAUGGUGGUUGAAAAUCUAUCAGGGAUAUGAAAUGGCUCCAUUUCCUGGACCGUGACUAUGGCACAGCUGAUCCUAACAUGGGAGAGAGAGCUACCAUGUUUUUCUUUGUGUGUAUUUCUAGCAGCUUUUUGGGAGGAUCUUGACCCAGUAGUUUCCCCGUGCUAUUUCUUGUGAAAUGGUCUUGGCUAUGUAGCAGCUUUUGACUCCCUGUAUCCCUUAGGCUGCUGCCCCCAUUCUGUCCUUGUUUAGAACUUUGAGAAGUUUCCUAGGGCAUAUCCUGGGUGAUAACAUUGUGAGAAGUCAGGAAAA